AUCGCCCCACAAUUCAAGCCGCCCGCUUCCUUGCUUGCAUGGUGACUUGUGCCCACGUGCCCAUGUGCAUGGACCGCCUCCCUCAGUCGUGCAGGCAUGGGUGCCUAUGGGCGAGGCUACCCGAUGCCAAAUGCUGCCAAUGGAUAAGGGGGUAACAUGUGGACAUUUUAGUUUUCAGAAGGCCCUAUGCUUGUUGUCUUCACCUGGAGCACUAUUGUAAAAUGUUGUCACGAUUGUGCCUUACUGCAUAGUUUUGUUCACUUUUCUUUUAUUGAACUGCAGGUUCCGCAUGAGCUAUCUCCUCACUUGGGUGAUUUUGUCCGUGUCAGAACAGGCAUGCAGAUUGUCAUACAAGCUGGAUUACUGAAAGAAGGUUUUUGUGCAGUCCAGGAUGAGAGUGCAGGUUUGGUAGUCUCUGUUGUAGAUCCACAGCCCGGUGAGAUUAUUGUUGAUUGUUGUGCUGCUCCAGGAGGAAAAACCCUUUUUAUUGCAUCCUGUUUGAGUGGCCUAGGUAUGGUAUCUGCUAUCGACAUAAAUAAAGGCCGGUUGAGAAUACUUAGAGAGACAGCCAAGUUGCACAAAGUUGAUGAUGUCAUCACUGUUGUCCAUGCUGAUCUUCGGACAUUUGCUGUAACUCUUUAUCACAUGAAAAGUGGGAGGUUAUUUUUGCAGCUUGAGGUAUCUAACUUCUUGCUGUUUUCUUUCUUUUAUCAGGACAAUAAUCAUGUGAAGUUUGAUAAAGUUUUGCUGGAUGCUCCUUGCUCUGGAUUGGGUGUUCUGUCGAAGAGAGCAGACUUGCGAUGGAAUAGGAAAUUGGAAGAUAUGGAAAAACUUAAAGAUUUACAAGAUGAACUUCUCGAUGCAGCUUCCAUGUUGGUGAAGCCUGGUGGAGUACUAGUGUAUAGUACAUGCUCCAUUGAUCCCGAGGAAAAUGAAGAGAGGGUGGCUGCAUUUCUUCGUAGGCAUCCAGUAAGAGCUACCAUGCUCUGUCUUGACAUGCUUUCUUUCUAUGUUUACACUUCUGAGAAAUACACUAAAAAGUAA